AUGUGGAAGCGGGCCACCGGCGCUGCUCACCUCCAUUCACAGAGUCUGACUCUAGACCUGAGGACCAGUCCCAGUCUGACUCUAGACCUGAGGACCAGUCCCAGUCUGACUCUAGACCUGAGGACCAGUCCCAGUCUGACUCUAGACCUGAGGACCUGUCCCAGUCUGACUCUAGACCUGAGGACCUGUCCCAGUCUGACUCUAGACCUGAGGACCUGUCCCAGUCUGACUCUAGACCUGAGGACCUGUCCCAGUCUGACUCUAGACCUGAGAGGACCAGUCCCAGUCUUACUCUAG